GGGAGCACCUUAGAAAUUAACCGCAAGGUUCUGCUGAAACUAGAAAGCAGGGAGACGAGCUUUUUUAAAAGAAAUGGUGAGCAUGGAAGAGGCCUGUUCUCUGUGGCAGCGGUCACGGCUGGUGCCCAUGGCCUCCGCUCUGCGCGCGCGCACCGACGCACCUGAUGACCCCGUACUUAGACGGUAGUCGGAGUAAUCCGCCUGGAGGGAAACACAAGAUCAUACACAUCUGUGUGAGGAGGCCUCGGCUCCAGCCCGCAAGCCCUCCUCUUCAUCUUCCUUUCCUUCUUCCAUCCCGACUGGCAGAAAGAAGAGAGAGAGAGAGAGAGAAAGAGAGAGAGAGAGUGAGAGAGGGACCGUGGGAAAGAGGAAGACAUGUACCAAACGCUCCUGCUCUCCUCCUCCCUCUUCAUCCUCCAUGUGACGGGCACUCCCCAGUUCUUCGGUCACCAUGGAAGGAGGGUGUGCGGCCGGGACAUCCUUCACAGUGUCGUCACCUCAACGGAGUCGUACAUCCAGCCGGUGCACAAACCCUACAUGACCCUGUGUCAGGGGCACCGCCUCUGCAGCACAUACAAGACUGUGUACUGGGUGGCGUACCGGCAGGUGAGCAGGGCAGCACCUCACACACACUCGUACCCAGAGUGCUGCCCGGGCUGGCGUCGAUUCCACUCUCACAAUUGCAACCAAGCGGUGUGUGGCCAGGCUUGUGUGAAUGGAGGUACUUGUCUCAGACCCAACCACUGUGCAUGCCCUCUGGGCUGGACGGGACACCAGUGCCAAACAGAUGUGGAUGAGUGCGGCGCGCAGCAGCAGCCUUGCUCUCAGGAGUGUGUGAACACAGCUGGCAGCUAUCGGUGUGUGUGCCGAGAGGGCUUCAGACUAGCCGGAGACGGCCGUUCCUGUCAAAGCCUCCCUCCUCCCGCCUCCCCUCCUCAUGCUCCUGCCACUCCUACCCAGGCCAGCCAGGCAACAGUGGGUGGCCACAGGCACCCCUCCACUGACGCGGGUGGGAGGUUUGGCCUGGCCGAGAACGUGACCGAGGAGGUACAGAGCCUGAGGAACCGGGUAGAGCUGCUGGAAAAGAAGUUGCAGUUGGUGCUGGCCCCCUUCAGCAGCCUGUUCCCACUGUCGUUGGACGAGGGCCUGGCCGAGAAAACCACCUUCCUGUCCCAUUCCUUCCGGCAGCUAGACCGCAUUGACUCCCUCAGCGAGCAGAUUGGCUUUCUGGAGGAGCGCCUCGGCACAUGCUCUUGCCAGGAGAAUUAGACACAGACGACGGCCAUUUCAAGACGUCUCCCACCCACAUGCAUGACACAGUCCUGACAGAAAGACAUUUUAUGCCCCCACACGGUCAUUCACGGGAAAUUUGUUCAUGGGAAAAUAAUGCCAGUUCUCGCAAUAUUGUGACUCGCGAGGUAUCGGUGAUUUCCGCAAUUCCCCGCAGGUUCAUUCAACGUUCUUGUUCAAUCACUGUCACGGCAGCGUAUUUUGUAACAGUAUCUGUGGCAGGGUCACUUCCAGGCAUUACACCAUCCCUACACCAUCUGAAUCAAACCACCAAGGGUCAAGGGUCAAACUGGCCAUUUUGGCUCUGACGAUCUUGUUUCUGUUUGUUUUGCAUCAGUGCAGCUGUGUCCUGUCAGAGCCCCACACUGGCCACGGGCAGACACGGACAUCUGUAUUUAUCUAUUUAAAUUAUGAUUACUUUUAGUCGCACGGUGAUCCAAUAGACAUUUUUACAUAGUUUUGUAACAUUUUGUAAUAAAAUCUGCCAAUCAAAAA